UUUUAAAUGUAAACCUAACCUAACAUUUUUUGUGGGUUUUUCGGAUUAAAGUUAAUUAUUUGCUCACAAUGUUAAAAGUUCUACCCAUACUCCCUCAUAUAUCAAGAAGACUAAUUACCACAGGAUCACAACUACUUUGGCACGUACCGGAGUGCCCAGAACUAGAUUUGAAGUACCUGUGCAUAGAACAUUUAGAUGAAAUUAAUAGCAACAUAAAAGCCCGAAAAGGCGUUGGCGAUAUAAGUCUCGUUUUAAAACUUAAAGAAAACCUAAGCAAUCUCACAUCCGUUGACCACAAUUACGAAAAAGUUCGCAGACAAUUUUAUGACGAAUUACUGAAAAUUCCAAACCGUACUCACCCAUCGGUCGCGCAUCUCAACGAACCAAUAACAGUCAGCACCACUGGGGAAAAGAAAACCUUCGAUUUUAAGCCGAGAGAGUUUUACGAAAUAUGUAAACGUCUAAACUUCGUUCGAACAGAUCAGCUGGGCAAUGUGGCGGGUAGUCGAAGUUAUUAUUUACUCGGCGACAUGGCGGAACUGGAGAAGGCGCUUAUCAGUUAUACUGUGUCGCAUUUAUUGGAUGAGAACUUUGAGCUGGUGUCGGUUCCGGAUAUUUUGCAUCGCGAUAUUAUCGAAGCGUGUGGGUUGAAUACGCACGGAGAUCGAACGCAGGUUUACAGUUUGGACUCGGAAAUGUUCGGGCCUGAUUUGUGUUUGUCCGGUACGUCGGAGAUGGCUUUGGCGGCAAUGUACGCCAACGAGGUGAUACCUGCCGGUCGUUUACCCGUGAAGCUGGCGGCCGUUAGCCGAUGUUAUCGAGCCGAAGCAUCCAGCGUGGCGGAGGAACGAGGAAUCUAUAGGGUUCAUCAAUUCACCAAGGUGGAAAUGUUUGCGAUCUCGAAGCCCGAGGACUCCAACGGCAUUUUGGAGGAGUUUCGAUUAAUAGAGGAAGGGAAUUUCGCCUCGUUGGGCCUUCAUUUGCGCACCUUAGACAUGCCGCCGAAUGAGUUGGGGGCACCCGCUUAUCGAAAGUACGACGUUGAAGCGUGGUUACCUGGCCGAAAUAUGUAUGGUGAAGUAUCUAGUUGUAGUAACUCUAGGAUUGAAAAUUCAAAGGAUGGGUGA